AUGUCUCGUCCCUUCCCUCCUGUCAACCUCUCCCUUGCCGAGGCCUUGGGUCUGCCAACUCUGCAUCCAGACUACUUAAAUGACUGUGUGGAGAUCGUGUUUCCACCCCAGUGUGAAGACCGAGUCCCACUUUUCGAGAUACCUCAUUCCCCUUUGAGCCUUAUCCACGUCUAUCAUCAACGGACUUAUCUACUGCCUCUCCAGAUCUAUUGCGCAUGUCUCAUGGAAUCCAGGCAUGUACCUCUCAUGCGACCAAUCCCAUCACCUGAAUCCUCAGAUGGAAUCUCCGGUAAUGCUAGACGUACCAAAAUGCCGCCUCUGAGAAAAUUCCCUCCUCUUGAUGCCGCCGCUCAGCGACGUGCACUGUCCAUGCAAAGUGAGAGUGAUAUCAGCGUUCUGGAUCUUGGGCCACCUCACUUGUCGAAGGAAAAGAAUCCUCAACCCACACCUCUCUCCGAUACUCUCAAGACAGUGCCUCACUCGCCUGGGUCUCUGACUAUUUUUGGUCACUCCGAUAAGAAUAAUCUGCUUUUUGACAACAAUACAAAUGAACGAUCAAGCUCUGGCCACCAUUCGUCUGCCGGGAGUCCUGUCUUGAGCGAUGCCCUGCACCCAAGAAACUCCAACCCAUCUCUCAUCAACGAGAAUAGAAGCCUGAACGUCACCAACUCAGAGAACUCGCGCGGAAACCAGCACUCUAUCGCGCCCUUCGGAUUCAGCCCGGGUGUCUAUAGUGGCCCACUGGUUGGCAAUGUGCAUGGCUAUGGCUAUGGCUAUGGCUACAGUGUCAACGCCUCGACUGAAGAUACCUUCCAUAUUCCUGAUGAGGCCCGAGUGGAUAGAACUACAACCCAGGCUUCUGCCCGGCUCUCUCGCCCUCCUCAUUUUCCUGGUUUUAAUGCCGUUCCAAUGACCAACACUGGCAGUGACAUGCGCCAGCGCCAGGAUCAUCGAGAUAGUGAGGAUCAGGAUGAGAUGGACACUGCGCCUGAUGGGCCGCAUCGCGAGUCUCAGACUGUGCAGCACAAAAAUAUCCGUCUGUGCAACAUCAACUGCAGGGAAUCUCUAUGA